AGCACACCAUCAAAACAUUCAGUCUCGUUCGCGCUGCCUGCCACACCACAACAAAAACACCCGACCAACCUCAUCGCAUGAACCCCCCGCGGCGGAUUCGUUCCGGAGGCCCCGACCGGCCCCAACGAUGACAAAACGCCACCGCCUGUACCUGCUGUUGACCCUCGUUGCCCUGCUAGUCCUGCUGAUAUUCAGCACCAACUUUUACUUCAUCCGGUGGCUCGCCGUGGACCAGGAACAUCCCGUUCCGGCGCAGGUUCACUCGAGAAGUUUGGUUCCAGCGGUGAAUGAGAGUGAUGCAUUGAUGAAGGUGGUGGGACGGACCGCGUCGAUUCAGCAGCUGGUCGAAACGCGGGUUGUUAAGUUGAAGACGGUGUUCAAGAACCGGAAUCCAAGGUACGAUCCGGUGAAGCGCGGGUUGGUGCGGUCGUUUGGAGCCAAAGGGUACAACAUAUCGACGGUGUGGAAGAUUGCCAGCGGGUGGCCCAGUGGGAAUGAGAUCUUCCCUCAGAAGGAUGAGAAGAUUGGGAAGGUGAUACGGGCUCUCCAGGAGGCCCAGAUUCUGCGGGCCAGGAAUACUCCUCGGGGAACGCAGCUGAAACUAGUCUUUGAUUUGGCCGGCAAGCAGUCCGUUCUGUUCAAGCCGAGCUGGUACGGUAGAGAUGCUAGGCUUGAGGGCCCGGUCUACUCCGGCAAGGAUCGACACAACUCCGAGGUCGUGGCGUUUCAUCUGGGAGCGAUUCUGAACCUGCGGUGGACUCCGAUUGUCGUGGGUAGGAAAGUCUCUCUCACGGAGAUCUACGCAAUAGCUGACGACGAGCUGCGAGCGACGAUGAUCAAAAACGAUACGCGACAAUGUGUCUACGGAAAGUGUCAUUACUGCCGGCAGAGCGAAACCGUUUGUGACGACUCGGAAGGGGGAACCUUGGAGGGGGCUUUGCUGCUGAUCAUUCCGGGAAAGUUCGCCAAGUAUCGAUCACCCUGGCAGCGAACCUACCAAAACGGGGUAAGUGCCGAAUGGGAGCGGAACGACGGGUACUGCGCGAAGGUCAAGGAACAACUUCCGCUGGAGCGAUUGCUGGACCUGAUCGACGCAGCGGUGUUCGAUUUCCUGAUCCAAAAUGGCGACCGGCAUCACUACGAGACCAGGGAGGAUCGGGUCUUGCUAAUGGACAACGGAAAGGGCUUCGGGAACGCGUUCAAAGAUCACUUUGACAUCCUAGCCCCACUUUACCAGUGUUGCAUGAUCCGCCGGACCACGUGGGAGCGCCUUCUGAUGUUCUCCGGCGGUGCUCUAACCGAAACGCUGCGCGAGUUGAAUCAAAUAGAUCUGUUGAACCCCCUGUUAACCAAAGAGCACUACAUCGGCCUGGAACGCCGACUUCUGUUGAUCUACGCCACGGUAGAGCUGUGCCGCGAAAAGUAUGGCAGCAAAAUUUUAAAAUAAAACAUUUUAAAACCAAC